CUGUUUAAAAUCUGGUCCAGUCACCUCUCCUGCUCCCGAACCCACAACCAAACUUGAACCCUCAGCCGUCUGUCAUCUCUCGGGUAUUGUUCUCAAUAUCUAGCUUGCCUCGCUCUCGUUGUUUCACCCGCCAAACCACAAGCAUGGCAGCCCAGCCUGCACAGCAGCUGCCAUUGCUCAGCAAUGAGGAGCAAGCCGCAGUCGGUAUUCUUCCCGCCUCGCAUUGGCAACAGCAGUCCACGCAAGAGGAUCCCAAUGAUGAUUCAGCUUCGAGCCUUGGAUCAUUUGUUUCCAGCACCGCCUCGCUGACCGAGUCCAUUUUCGCGUAUCGCCAUAUUAACGGACGGACCUAUCACGGCGAGAUUGGCAAUGCUGAAUCCUGGGAGCCCAACGAUGAGCGCCACAAGGAGGCGUUAGACAUUGCUCAUCAUGUGUACACGGUGGUACUCGAUGGAAAGCUCCACAAUGCUCCUCUCGAUAAAAAGAAUGUUCAGAAAGUCGUCGAUAUCGGAACUGGAACGGGCAUGUGGGCAAUCGACUUUGCCGACGAGUUCCCCGAUAGCGAAGUGAUCGGUACCGAUAUUACUCCCAUCCAACCUCCCUGGGUUCCUCCCAACGUGAAGUUCGAAAUCGACGACUGUAACCGAGAAUGGACUUGGGCCGAUAAUACUUUCGACUUCAUUCAUAUACGUAUGAUGUUCGGUAUUAUCGAGGAUUGGGACGCCCUCUUUCGCCAGGCUUACCGUACCUGUAAGCCCGGUGGCUAUACUGAAAGCUUUGUUUGCGACAGUACAUUCAGGGGCGAUGAGACAGUGAAGGAUGAUAGCGCUAUUGCCCAGUGGGGGAGGGUUUGGAAUGCGGCAGGGAAGAAGAUGGGACGGACAUUCGAGGUUUACGCUGAGAAUCUCCAGCAGAAGGGUAUGGAAGCGGCGGGCUUCGUGGAUAUUGAAGUCAAAGAUUACUACAUCCCUCUUGGUGUUUGGCACAAGGACAAGGUCCUGGCCGAAAAGGGCCUUUGGUGGAAGAUUCAUGCGGAGAGUGAUCUUGAAGGCUAUCUGAACUACCCGUUCCACGCGGUGAUGGGGUGGACUCCGGCGGAGACUGGCCUCUAUGCCGCUCAGCUUAGGAAGGAGCUCAAUAACCCGAAGAUCCACGGCUACACCACGGUGCGUUCUGUAUGGGGUCGGAAGCCAGAGUAAGAACUCUUUGGACAUGGGGAUGGAGGAACCAGAGGACGAGUUAUGAAGGCGUGGGGAUCCUUUGGGUAAGCAACAAUGCAAUGGCGAUAUGACAAAAUCUAUGAGGGGUUCAAAUACGCGACACCGAAACCCACCAUGUAAACUGCUUUAGGCGAAUGCACAUCUUGUUUUGAG